AUGAAGAUCACACUGCUGCUUCUGGCAGUCCUCGUGGCCUACGCAACUGCCCAGGGUAUGUUUGAUUCUGUUAAUUUCAUGAUUGCCGUUUCACUUUGUACCCAUUCCUAUCUUUGAAUAGACCACGUUUCAAUCUGUAAUGCAAUGUUAUUACAGUACCAAACAAAAAUUGUCAUAUUUGUAGGCAUAUCACACAAUCAUUUUCAUUUACCAAUCGUUUUAAUAGUGAAAAUGAAAGUCUUAGGAUUGAGGAAUGUACAUGAAAUCUCACUGUUAACUGCAACUCUUUUUCAAGUACUUAACAUAACUGAACAUAGCUAAAAUAUCUCGAUCCACCGUUCUCACUCGCACCAAUUGACAGGUUCUCCGGGUCGUCAAGGUGUGAGUUCAGGUGACGGAAGUCUGUUCGGAGGCUCCGACGCCGGCACCGGAAUCGGAGGAGAGUCCGGAGGAUGGGGCGGAGCGGCGAGCGGAAGUGCAAGCGGAGGAAGAGGAGCCGGAAAGGGAAGAGGUGGAGCCGGAGGAGCCGGAGCCAGUGGAAGCGGAAGUGGAGCAGGUAACCUACCAUUCUACUACUUUUCAAUUUUUAAUGCUCUUUUUCCAGGUGGUUGGGGAAGCCAGGCCGGUGGAUCCAGCGGUGGAGCAAGCGGCGGAGCCAAUGGUGGAUGGGGUGGAAGCCAGGACUCUGGAUCUGGUGCUUCUGCUUCGGCCGGAGGAUCUCAAGGCGGAUGGGGAGGACAGCAGGGUAAGUGUGGAGCGAGAUGUCGGUCCCGGUACGCCCACGUUUUCAGGAAGCGGUUCCCCUUCGUCCGCAGCUGGUGGAUGGGGAGGAUCUUCGCAGGGUGGAGCCCAAGGAGGAAGAAGUGGACAAUCUGGAGGACAAUCAGGAAGUCAAGGGGGAUGGGGAGGCAGCAGCCAGGACUCUGGAUCCCAGGGAGGAUGGGGUGGACAAGGACAGGGACAAGGACAAGGACAAGGACAAGGACAGCAAGGCGGUUGGGGAGGGCAAGGAGGAUCGCAGGGAGGACAAGGUUAGUCGGAACUGAAAUGAAUGUUUCCGUGACAAGGUAAAAUGUGGCCAAUUUUAAACUACAUAAUCACACUAAUAGCGAUCAUGAGUUCAAUGCAAUUUUGUAGGUGGAUGGGGCGGACAAGGCGGUCAGCAAGGAGGAUCUCAACAAGGAGGAUGGGCAGGACAACAGGGAGGACAGGGACAAGGUCAGUUCUUUCAGCAAUUUCCUCAAAACUGACAUGCAGAAGUUUACAAUAUCAUUUCAGGUGGCUGGGGAGGUGCAUCGAACGGAAACGGAGGAGGACGUGGAGGAGGAUGGGGAGAAUCCCAAGGAGGACCACAGGGCGGAAGAGGCGGUCCCGGUGGACCGGGUGGACGAGGCGGAUGGGGUGAGCAUACUCUGGGGACCACUGUUUUGUGAGCUCGUAACAUUUGUUCGGAUCAUUCUCAACACGCUCACUAAUCUUUUUUUCAAAAAAAAAAAAAUACUAUGUGUCUUAGCACUUUUGUGAAACAGAUAUAAGUAAAUUCCCUUUUCGCUUUGCACCACUCAUCUUCAGGUAGAGGUGGAAUGGGCCCGGAUGGUUGGCGAGGUGACGGUGAGUUUCUCAUCCACUAACUUUUCCGUUUCAUUUGUUCGUUAAGUUUUUCACUGCUCUUCAUUUGUGCUCUAACAUAAAUGCAGUCAAAAACAUAUAUUGUUUCAGGCUGGGGACGAUUCGGACCAGGAAACCGUUGGGGACCAAACCAGUGGGGACGAGGAUGGUAG